AUGUCAUUCCCUCCACCUCCCGUCAACACCAUCAAUUGGGACGAUAUCGGCUUCAAAGUCCGUGAAGUCAACGGCCACAUAGAAUCCCAUUACAGCACCAAAACUGGACAAUGGACGACCCCCAAAUUCGUCACCGACCCCUACCUCCGCCUCCACGGCAUGUCCCCCGCCCUCAACUACGGCCAGCAAGCCUACGAAGGCAUGAAAGCAUUCCGAACCCCCUCCAACGAAAUUACCAUAUUCCGUCCCAACCGCAACGCAUCCCGUCUCCAGCACUCCGCAUCGUUCAUAUCCAUCCCACCUGUGCCCGAGAACAUAUUCCUGGAAGCUGUACACGCGGCUGUGUCUCUGAACGCCGAGUUCGUACCGCCGCAUGAGACGGGCGCAGCUAUGUAUAUCCGUCCCUUGAUCUUUGGAUCUUGCGCGCAAUUGGGCUUGAAUCCGCCAGAGGAGUACAUGUUCUGCGUGUACGUGCUCCCCGUGGGCGUCUACCAUGGCGUGCACCCCGUCAAAGCGCUCAUCCUCGAGGAAUUCGACCGAUCAGCCCCAGACGGAACAGGCAGUGCGAAAGUAGGAGGGAAUUACGCACCAGUGUUGAGGUGGAGCGAGAAGGCUAGGAAUGAGGGCUAUGGUAUUACGUUGCAUUUGGAUAGUAAGACGAGGACGGAGAUUGAUGAAUUCUCAACGAGUGGGUUCAUUGGGGUCAAGACACAAGGGGGAGAGACGACGUUGGUAGUGCCGGAUAGCAAGUGUGUUAUUGAUAGUGUCACCAGUGACAGCUGUCAAGACAUUGCAAAAAGUAAAGGAUGGAAAGUUGAGAAGAGAUCUAUCAAAUACGAAGAACUCCCUGAAUUUAGCGAGGUCUUAGCAGCCGGCACAGCCGCAGCGCUUGUUCCCAUCAAGUCUAUUACGCGCACUUCCCGCAACGAGACGACCUCUUACAUCAAGGCCGACUCAGAAGAGCCCGGUCCAGUAUGUGUGGAGCUGCUGAGAGUGUUGAAAGGUAUUCAGCAGGGCAAGAUCGAGGAUACAUUUGGAUGGACCAGCCCAGUUAGCCAGGUGGAUGCUACAAAGUACUCUGCUGGCGAGCAGACAAAUGGUGUAAAUGGUGACAAUGUUGAUAAGUUGCCGUAA